AUGACAGGUGUAUACACAGAGCAGACGUCAACGAUUCUGUCAUUCGACGAUACAGGGAUGAAUUUUAGCCUGAAUGAAAUUAACGCGAUUAAAAAGAUAUGGAGUCUGUUAGGGAUAGUAUUAGCUUCAGGGUUUGCUGGUUCAAACUCUCAAGUUAAUACUUCGACUAUAUCAUAUACAAGACAGGAGGAUGAUCUAUUACUUGCAGUCAUGCCAAUGGUUGCCAGGCUGGAUGUUAUGAAUAUGAACUCUGGAAGCUCUGUGGAAAUCGAUGAUGAAAGGUCAAAGGAGUUUGUCUUUAAAUGGAAGUCUAAUUUAUUGCAAGAUAUAAGUUUAAGUCAUGACUCUGAAGACGGCACUUACCACAAUGAUUUCAAUGAUUCCAAAUUUGAAGAUACAAUGCUUGACCAUUUACCUGAGUUGAUACGUUUGAUAUCUAAUAUUAUCUACGAUUUAGAGAAUAUCUCCGAAUUAGAGAACAUUCAUAAUAAUAGUUCCGGACUAUUAGGGAUGGGAAAAAUAUGUUCUCGUAUAUGGAACUUUGAUAUGAACGAUUACAACGUGAUUGGUGAAGCAUUGGUGUUAACUAUUCUAGAACAGGUUGGACGAGACCAUUUCUCACCUGAACUAGAAUUAACAUGGCUCAAGUUUUAUAAUAAAUUAUCUCAGUUAUUGCAGUCUGAAGGUGAAGAUCCACUUUUUGAUUUACCUGUACUAGAGGAGACACCUAGAAUUAGAUUCCCCAGCGAUACUACUACAAUGUCUACUAUUAGUCCAAGUUCUUCGAUUAAUUUUCUUGACGACGACAUAUAUUCCGUUAGGGAGCUACCAUCAGUAGAACAAGACCUUGACGCAUUCAACUCGUUGAAUGUAGAUGAGAAAGAUGACGACUCCUACGAUUUAAUUAAUGUAUUUGGUUAUGGCCAAUCUGAAAUCAAGAGCCCAAAAAAGAAAGGAUAUACUUCAGCAAUUAAACGAUUUAGAUCAAGGAGCAAGGCCUAA